AGCUACAUAGUCAAUUUUGGAGAAGAAAGAAAGAAAGAGAAACGAAGAGGAAAACCCCUACUUCUCUUCCUCAUCUUUUAGGUGUUACAAAUCUGCAUAUAUCCCUUUCAUUUCUUCAAGCUUUUCUCCAAUGAGGCCUUAUCUAGCAGUCUCUCUUCUGCUUCUUUGCCUUCUGCUUUCUGAGGCUCAAGGGAUUCGCUUGGAUAAGAUGUUCAUGUCAUCACUUGGGCAACAGAAACAACAGGAAGCUGAUGGAAAUGCUUUAAUAACAAAAAGUAUUGAUCUCUGCAAAGAUGGGCACUGUUCAGGAAAGAAUAGAAAACUUAUUAAUACAGCCAGUACUACUACUACUACCACCACCACCACCACAUCAAAGAAUGAGAAGAAUGAAGAGAAGGAGAAUUUCAGUGUUAAUGGGAAGCCUACUUCUGAGCACCAUGAGAUUGGGCACGACCACUUUCCUGCCGACAUCACUGACAUAACUGAGAUGGACUAUUCUCCAGCAAAGCGAAAACCUCCAAUACACAACUGAGUAGUCUGAGUGUUGGGGAUAACAAAAACAACAAAAAGUAGAAGUAUUAGGAUAAUAAAAGGGGAUUAGAAGUUGGACAGCAUUACAGAAAUGCUGCAGUUUUUUAGGGUUAGGGUUGAUUAAUUUUGCACAUAGAAUAUUCUAUAUUGUUAUUGUUAGUGAUCUUUAAACCAUAUAUAUAUAUCAUGCCAUGAUUGAGUCAUAAUUAGCACUUGGAGGGGAUUACAAGGCAUUGUAACAAUGAUCGAAAAGCGAAAAGAAAAAAAAUAGUAAUUAUAUAAUAAUAUCAGUUAUAUA